UAACGUAAUAAAGCAAAACCUCGCACGCUUUGACAAACUCGCCCACACCUAAAAACUGCCGACUGCUGUAGUGUAGUGUAAUUUAUCCAAUCGAAGUUUUGGUUAAUGGAAAUUUGUUAGAUACAGGAGAAAAUAAAGAAAAUUUCUGGUUUCCAGUGCCUUUAGAGGAUUUUGAUAGUGUGACAAAUCCCAAUGCUGCCAUGCCUUUGGCACAGUUUGCAGACCCUUGGCGAAAGGUUCAAAUCAAACAGGAGACGGAGAACAACCCAGAAGAAAUGCUUGUGGAUGAUGUCGAAUCAAGCCAUCAAUACUGCAAUGAAGUAGACCGAGAAAUUGAAUUGACUGAUGUGACCAGAGAUGGAUACGAAAAAGCCGAAGCUUCGCAUUUUGAACUGCUCAAAGUUCUGGGACAAGGAUCCUUUGGAAAAGUUUUUCUCGUCCGUAAAAUCGUUGGAAGAGAUGCAAAUACAUUGUAUGCCAUGAAAGUAUUAAAAAAGGCCACUUUAAAAGUUCGAGAUCGCGUUCGAACGAAAAUGGAACGCAAUAUCCUUGCUGAUGUUCGUCAUCCUUUUGUUGUUAAACUACAUUAUGCUUUCCAAACGGAAGGAAAACUCUAUCUUAUUCUUAAUUUUCUCCGUGGAGGCGAUCUCUUCCAUAGACUGUCUAAAGAGGUUAUGUUCACAGAAGAGGACGUUAAAUUCUAUUUAGCUGAAUUGGCUUUGGCUCUGGGACAUCUUCACACCUUAGGGAUAAUGUAUCGCGACUUGAAACCUGAAAACAUUUUACUAGAUGCCGAUGGCCAUAUUUCUUUAACGGAUUUUGGCCUAAGUAAAGAGGCACUGGAUGACAAGAAAGCGUAUUCUUUUUGUGGCACGGUUGAGUAUAUGGCCCCUGAAGUCGUAUCUCGCAAAGGACACUCGUUUGCUGCUGAUUGGUGGUCGUAUGGAGUCCUUAUGUACGAAAUGCUGACUGGAACGCUCCCAUUUCAAGCUAGCAAUCGAAAGGAAACAAUGACGCAGAUCCUUCGAGCUAAAUUGGGAAUGCCAGGUUUUCUAUCUGGCGAAGCGCAGAGCUUAUUGCGAGCUCUUUUCAAACGUAAUCCAGACAAUCGAUUGAGCUCGGUCGACGAAAUCAAGCAGCAUCCAUUUUUUUCAACCAUCAACUGGGAUAAACUAUUGAAGAAGGAAAUUGAACCACCCUACAAACCAGCAGUUAGUCGAGUCGAUGAUGCAUUCUAUUUUGAUACAGAGUAUACCUCCAAAACUCCGAAAGAUUCUCCUGAAAUUCCGCCCAGUGCCACGGCUCAUGAACUUUUUCGUGGUUUUAGUUUUGUCAAUCCACUCCUCAUUCCAGAUGAAGGCAAUGGUAACACUAGUGCUUCUAAUUAUGUCGUUUCUGGAAGGAUGGUUGAUGCUCUCUUGGCUAAAAAUUUUUAUGCCGCCAAGCUGAAUUCAAUUGCCGAGGAUUAUGAAAUUCUAGAGGAGAUCGGAAUCGGUAGUUACUCUGUCUGCAAGAAGUGCCUGCACAAAGCCACUCGAGUAGAGUUUGCCGUAAAGAUAAUCGACAAAUCGAAGCGUGACUGCCAAGAAGAAGUUGAAAUCCUCUUUCGUUACGGAGGUCACCCAAAUGUAAUUACUCUUCGUGAUAUCUAUGAAGACGAGAGGUACGUGUACCUUGUAAUGGAGUUGAUGCGUGGUGGUGAAUUGCUUGACAGAAUUCUCAGACAGAAGAAUUUUAGUGAGCGUGAGGCCAGUAUUACAAUGUUUGUCGUUACUUCAGCUGUUCAGCACCUUCACAAAAAUGGCGUUGUUCACCGUGAUUUGAAACCUUCUAAUAUCCUGUAUGCAAACACUGAAGCCCAGCCGGAUUCGUUGCGAAUUUGUGACUUCGGUUUUGCUAAGCAACUGCGAGCAGAAAAUGGGUUGUUGAUGACACCAUGCUAUACAGCAAACUUUGUGGCACCUGAAGUAUUGAAGAGACAAGGUUACGAUAAGGCGUGUGAUGUUUGGAGUUUAGGCGUUUUACUUUAUACUAUGCUUGCUGGUCAUACCCCUUUCGCUAAUGGCCCACAUGAUUCUGCUGAUGCCAUUUUGCAUCGAAUUGGAGAAGCUAAUUACGAUCUUAUUUCAGGAAAUUGGAAUCAUGUCUCUUCUCCUGCCAAAGACCUCGUUCGUAAGAUGCUCGAUCUAGAUCCUGCCAAGCGUCUAACAACCGCUCAAGUAGUAGCUCAUCCGUGGAUUCAGCAACGCCACACUCUGCCAGAAAAUCAGUUGGCAAUGCAAGAUGCCCGUCUAGUUAAAGGAGCCGUAGCCGCAACAUACCGUGCCAUCAGUUCGUCGCCUUUAGCACCACAUUUAGCACCAGUUCAAACUUCACAAUUGGCCAUGCGACGACGUAAAUCACGUCCUAAAACGACAACAGAUGUUUAGGCUAGAAAGAAUUGUUUCUUUUCUAACUAUCAAACUUUGAGUGGUUAACCGUUGUCAUUCCAGUGUUUGUUAUUACAGAAGAUAUGCUUUCAAACUGAUUUUUUGCGCUGUUUUAGGUUUUUAUAUGUGCGUUGUUUUUUUCUCGUUUCAAUGUUCAAUUGUUCCAUCUACAAAUGCAUCACAUUUAAUUUAGUUUAACACACUUAUUUUAGGGUGCGAGGAUUAGUAGGUGAGCAAUGGGCUGUGCCAAAAGAAUGUCUUUUGUCAUUAAAACAAUGUAUUUUUUCUGAUGGUAAAAUUUUGCUUGAGUUUCUUGCUUUUCUCGUUUCUUCAUAUCGUUACACACAUCCUCCCCUUUUACGUGAUUGAAAUCCUGAUGUUUCUCCUUCAUGAGGUCCAAUACGGUUAGUAUGGUGCUUUGAAAUGUUGGUCACCUAAUGUCUCUUCAGCAUUUUUUUUUUCAUUUUGAAAUUCUUCCUUUGCAAUGGCCUCAGGUUUGUAUAUGAAAGAAUAGAAUACACAGUAAUGAUGAAAA